AUGUUACAGACGAAACUGCCACAGUUCCCAAAAUAUAAGGUAGAUAUCUCUUUGUUCAGAGAUGUCCAGAACUCAAAUGAACUGAAGACGAAAGUUGCAGAACUUCCGUAUGCGUUCAUUGACGCCAAGACGAUUUGCUCCAGGGAGCAAUUACUCUCAGCAGUGUAUAGGGCACUGGAUGAAGUAACUUAUAACAAAAUGCGGACUAAGUCGCUUCAUUCCGAAUGUUUGUUGUGUCUUUCUCCAACAUCGAAUAUCGGGGACGCCUUCCAUAAAUUUGGCAUCAAGGAAGACUCAAGAGAGGUAAUAUGUUUACAAUUGAGUAAAGUCGAGCAGCAUGAAGUUCCACCUUUCCAUGUCUUUGUUAAAGGCAUAGAGGUUGCAUUUGAUGAUGAGCAUUUAGGGCAAUUUUACGAUAAAGAACUGCUCAGGAGAAUAUAUAAACUAGAUUCGUCGUCGCAACCUCAAUCCAGGGAAAGUUUAUCCCGUGCAGUGGUUAACGCAAUCCAUCUGAGAGGACUGUAG